UCGAAAUAUAACAACGUACGCACACCAACGAAAGAAAAACAUAAAUAAACUGUUAAAGGUGUGCUUUAGAUGCGUUUCGACUUUAAUCCAUUGUAUUUUAACGGUUAGUUUCUUGUGUUUUGAAGGUUUUUGUUUUAAUUUGAAGUUGAAUAAUAAUGCAUCACAUCUUCGAUAAAAUCAAAAAACAUUGGGAAUACGGACUCGGAAGAACGGCAAUAGCUGCAAUUUGUGCCCAUUCCGUUUCGAUAUCAAUCGGAAUCUGCCAAGGAUACAGUGCCAUUUUAAUCCCACAACUUUUAAACUCAACGGAAAGCAUUAAAAUAGACUUAGAACAAGCUUCUUGGCUGGCUAGUUUUGGUGCUAUAACAAACCCAAUCGGCUCAAUCCUCUCCGGUUUAAUCGCCGAAUGGUUCGGAAGAAAAAUUUCAAUCCAAUUUAGUUCAAUCCCGUUCAUAAUCGGAUGGAUUUGUGUAAGUUUAUCGGAAAACAUCCACAUAUUAUACAUCGGAAGACUCAUAACAGGGAUAGCAGCCGGAAUGGCGACUGCGAGUUACACUUACGUAUCAGAAAUCUCAACUGCCUCGACUCGAGGCACGUUUCAAGCUUUAGGACCAGUCUCAGCCUCGUUCGGGAUACUUUUAACUUAUUCCUUAGGUUAUUUUUUCCAUUGGAAAAUAACGUCGUUAUUAAGCAUCAUUUUCGCUUUAUUCACAUUAAUAACCGUGCAUUUUUUGCCGGAAUCGCCGAGUUUUUUGUACAAAAAGAAAAAAAAGGAUUCGACGAAAAAGAGUUUGUUUUGGUUCCGAAGAAAUUUGAUUUUAGUUCAAGACGAAUACAAUCGUUUUGAGGAAUACAAUUUGAAUAAGAAUCAAGAUAAAUUUUCGUUAAGAUAUUAUUUUAGCAAAGAAACGACGAAGCCGUUUUUAAUUUUAUUAAUUUUAUUUUUGUUGCAAGAAGCGUCGGGGAUUUACGCAAUCUUGUUUUACUCGGUUAAUUUUUUUAAAGAUGCCAAAAUCGAUAUCGAUGAAUUUAUUUCUUCGAUAAUCGUGGGGUUAAUCCGAUUUGUUAUGUCGAUACUCGGUGCUAUAUUAAUUAAUAAGUUUAAUCGUAAAUCGCUUUGUUUAAUAUCAAGUUUUGGUAUGGCUUUAAGCAUGUUUGUUAUUUUAGGGUAUCUAAAAUACUUAGAAUUAACUAAAACCAAAAACACCUUCACGAUAAUUCCAUUAAUUUGCGUUUUAGCAAACGUUUUUUUUAGCAUGAUCGGAAUGUUGCCGAUUCCUUGGAUUUUAGUCGGCGAAUUAUUUUCGAUUCGCGUCCGAUCGAUUAUGAUGGGCUUGGUGAUUUGUUUGGCGCAAAUUUUUAUAUUUAUAAGCGUUAAAUUCUAUCCGUUGUCGAUCGAGACGUUUAAAUUUUUCGGAACUUGUACGAUUUUCUUUAUAGCCUCGAUUUUGAGCGUGCUUUUUAGCCGAUUCGUUUUGCCGGAAACUAAAAAUAAAACGUUAGAAGAAAUCGAGGAAACGUUUAAACAUAAAAUAAGUUUGAAAAAUAAUUUUGGGGUUAUCAACAAAGCUUUCGAUUUAAAAUCGGAAAUUAAUCGGAACGAUUUAAACGGGGUUUUUACCGUUAAAUUAAGUUGAUUUAAUUGUUUAAAACUAAAAUGAUAAUGUGAUAUUGUAUUAAUUAAGUUAAAGAAGUACAAAUUAC